AUGAAUCCAGAAAAUUCCCAAAGAAAUUCUUCUGUUCAAAAUGCGAAUGAAUUAAAUAGUCAACGUUCUACUGGGGUUAAACGGUUAUUGAAUGAAGCUAAAGAACUUUGUAAACCUAAUGAAUUAUUUCAUGCUCAGCCUUUGGAGGAAAAUCUUUUUGAAUGGCAUUUUACUGUUCGAGGACCUCCAGAUACUGUUUAUUCGGAGGGUGUCUAUCACGGGCGAAUUUUGCUUCCUGUUGAGUAUCCAAUGAAGCCACCAAAUUUACGUCUUCUAACGCCGAAUGGAAGAUUCGAAACAAAUAAAAAUAUUUGUUUAAGUAUUUCUGGUUAUCACCCCGAGACUUGGCUGCCGUCUUGGUCAAUUAGAACAGCUCUGCUUGCACUUAUUGGAUUUAUGCCAACUCAUUCAGCUGGAGCACUUGGAAGUUUGGAGUGUAGUUCAGAAGAAAGACAACGAUUGGCAAUAAUGAGUUUGGAUUGGAAUUGUCCUCAAUGUGGAAUUAAAAUGCGAGAUGUUCUUCCCCAAAUUGAGAAAAAUGAGGACACUAAACGAUUAAUUGAGGAAGUAAAGAAUGUUUCUUGUAAACAAACUGUUUCUCUUGAAGAAAAUUCAUCUUCCCCAGAAAUUGCUUCUACUCUUGAAUCCAUUGUGAGAGAAGUUGUGGAUGCAUCAGAAAAUAAUUUAAUUAAUGACCCUCCACAACAAAUCGAAGAAUCAAACCAACAACAAAUUUCAAUUACCAACAAUAAUAUCCUUCCAAAUACUCAACAACAACAACAAUUAAUUCAAUCCUCUUCUCGUUCCUUUCUUUUAGAAAAUCCUCUUAUUUGGAUUUUUGUUUUGUCAAUAUUAUUUUUUGCUUUGUUCUUUCGACGUUUAUUAAGUCAAAAUAUUGAGGGAAUUUAA